AUGUUAGAGAUGGAGAAAUAAAUAAAUGGGUAAUUUAUGGUUAUGAUAAAGGAGGGAAUGAUCUAAAGGUUUUGGGAAACGGAGAUGGAGGACUUGAUGAAUUACAAGAGGAAUUUAAUGAUGGUAAAAUUCAAUAUGCUUAUGUGAAAGUAAAGGAUCCCAAUUCAGAAUUACCUAAAAUUGUACUUAUUGGUUGGAGCGAUGUUGAACCAUCAUAUAUAAUGAAACGUAUCGAAAAGAGUGGUGGAUCUAAGUACUCUGUUAAUGUUGAUAAAAAUGCACCACCACCAAAGCCAGAACCUAUUUUACCAGUGCCUGUUCAAAUACCAAAUAUUACUGAAAUCCAACGAAAUGCUCCUCGAGAGAGGAUCGAACCUGUGGUACCAGAUAUAAGUGAAUUACAACGAAGUGCACCUCAAGAAAAAAUUGAGCCUGUCCGUUCCGCAUAUCAACCUGUAAAACCCCCCAAACCAAAACCGAUUAAUAGUGCACGUUUGGCGUUCUUAAAUGCUGGGAAAGAAACAGAACCAGAAAAUACAUAUCGAAAAGACCGUGAAGAUCGUGAAAGAGCUGAGCGCGAGAAGGCCAAACGUGAAGAGCAGGAACGCCUGCGACAAGAACGCGAAAUAGCUGAACGUGAAGAACGUGAGAGAGCUGAACGUGAAGAACGUGAAAGAGCUAAACGUGAAGAGCAGGAACGCUUGCGACAAGAACGCGAAAUGGCUGAACGUGAAGAACGGGAACGUAAGCGAUUAGAACGUGAAAGAGCUGAACAUGAGGAACAGGAACGCGAACAAUUGGAGCGCGAGGAAUGGGAACGUGAACAAUUAGAACGAGAAAGAGCUGAACAGGAGGAGCGUGAACGUACAGAACAACUAAGACGAGAGCGAGAAGAACAAAAAAGAUUAGAUGAAGAAAAACAACGUGCAGAAAAAGAAAGAUUGAGACGACAAAGAGAGGAAGAGGAGGAGUUGCUUAGGCAAGAACGCUUGAAAUUAGAAGCUACAGAAACCCAAACCCUUUCAGCACGUGUUCUUUAUCCCUAUGAUGCUGAAGGCGAAAUAAUUGUAAACAUCAGCCAAAUAGAUGACGGUUGGUGGCAAGGUGAAAGUAAGGAUGGUUCUCGUUAUGGGUUAUUCCCUGCAGUCAUUUUGACUAAUGCAAAUAUUACCAAACAUUAUGGACUAAAAUUUAAUAUUUUCUUGCAUCAAUCGGCCAAAGCCCUCUAUGAUUAUGAUGCCGGUGAGGAUAAUGAAAUUUCAUUUAAGGAGGAUGAUAUUAUCAAUGAUAUUGAAUUUGUAUCGGAUGAUUGGUGGCAAGGUACAUCACCAGAUGGUGUAAUUGGACUCUUCCCGGGUAAGUAA